UGUGCGCAGGAGAAGUGCAUGGACAAGCCGGGUCCGAAGUUGGACAGCCGGGCCGAGACGUGCUUCGUGAACUGCGUGGAGCGCUUCAUCGACACAAGCCAGUUCAUCCUGAACCGGCUGGAGCAGACGCAGAAGUCCAAGAAAAAGCCUGUCCGACUGAGCGGGACCCGCGCCCUGGGGGGGCGCUGGCCAGCCCCCCUCCACAAGGCCAGGCCCUCCACCGCACCGGCUCCUGGUCACUCUGCUGCCUGA